CGCGGCAUGAAGGCGGGGUUAGGCAGGCAGACGGACGUGUCUUGUGACAAAUUGGGGGAAAGGGGUGAGUGGAGCGGUCUGGCCUGAGGAUCCUGUUUCUGUUGCAGAAAUGGCCUAUGUUAAAAGUGGAUGGCUGCUUCGGCAAAGUACUAUUUUAAAGCGAUGGAAGAACAACUGGUUUGACCUGUGGUCCAAUGGCCAGCUCGUCUACUUUGACGAUCAGAUGCGAGAAGACAUGGAAGAUAAGGUCCAUUUAAGAGUAGACUGUAUUAACAUUCGAUCUGGAUCAGAGUGUAGAGAUUUCCAGCCUCCAGAAGGAAAGCCUCGAGACUGUUUACUCCAGAUUCUGUGCAGGGAUGAGAGAACUAUCAACCUUUGUGCUGAAAGUGCUGAUGAUUGCCUGGCCUGGAAACUUGCACUUCAGGAGGCACGGACAAACACAAGUCUUGCUCCUGAAAUUGCCUUGGAUGAUGCUUACGCCACUGCUCCCCCACCUUAUACAAGUUACCCUGCAGCACCAGCGCAGGUUUACAGUUACGAUUCAUAUAGUGGUACUUAUACUGCUCAGCCACCAACUGCUUCACAGCAAGUAGUCUACACAUCCAAUGGACAGCCUUACGCAGUGACCUAUCAGUAUCCCUAUAAUGGUCCUUACCCACCACCAGCCAAUCACGUGAUUAUUGAAGACCGGCGGCGUGAUGAUGGUGAUCUUGCUCUGGGCAUGGUGGCAGGUGCUGCCACUGGCAUGGCUUUGGGCUCACUGUUCUGGGCAUUCUAGAACUCUGGACAGCUGAGUUCAUCUAUUGCUUACAUUGCCUUCACUUUCCUGGUAGACUUCCUCCAUGCAGUUUACACCUUACCUCAAGUCCAUAUCACUUACUGCACUCAUACAAUUGCUUUGUUACUACAUGAUACUUUUAAUCUUAUUAAAGCAAAUUCUGCAA